ACUGUUUAUUUCAUGAUAGAAAUCGUUUUGAAGUGUAUGUAAAUGAUAAUUACCUUCAGAAUCUAUCAUGGUUUAUACAUGAUCUAAAACCAUUUCACGACGUCUGGAACAGUACAAAAGCAAAAGCAGUUAUAUGGAUUACAAGUGCGUGGUUAAAUUAUGAUGAGCAGACAUUUUCUAACUACGUAAAGUUGGUACUAGAAGGUUAUGGCAGCAACGUUACUGUAUACAAUUUACGUGAAGAGCCAACAAUACAAACCAAUAUACAAAUUGUUUCGUCAGCAGUGACAGAAAUACUUGUUCGUAAUUGGGAAAUUGUCAAUUUAAUAGGACCAUGGUUUUUCAAAAAUGAAUGCACAGAUAUUAGAAAUACUUCUUGCGCAGGUGGAUACAAAUGCCUUGGUAGCAGAGUGUGUUUGAAAUUAGACCAGAUUUGUGACGGAAAUAGAAAUUGUCCAAACGAGGAUGACGAAGCGUAUUGCGAUUUCCACUGCCCACCUUCUUGUUUUUGUGGCCUGCUUACAAUGAAAUGUGAAGAAAAUAGUAACACGAGCACAACCAUACAUGACUUGAACAUUCAUUACUCUACAAGAAUGCUUGAUUUAAGCCAUACCAGUACAUUUGGAAAGGACUUUCUGUUGUUAUAUUUUAUUGACAUACCUUUUCGUUACCUUUAUUUUUUAAAUGUUUCACAUUGUAAAAUUUCAGCAUUAUCUGACACGUACUUUUUUCGUAUGACAAAUUUACGUACAUUGGAUUUAUCACAUAAUCAAAUUCCACGACUUAAGAGAUAUACAUUUUCUAAUUUAACGCGUUUAACCAACUUGUUUCUGCACGGAAACGCCUUGCUGUCUUACAUUGAACCAGAAACAUUUCAUGGCCUUAAGAUAAGAUCAUUAGAUUUAACAGGUUGUAGUAUAUUCACCAUUUCAAGGAAUACGUUUGCAGGUCUAAUACUGGAUAACGUUGAUAUUUCAUUUAACUAUGUAGACAAAGUAGAAGACCAAGCUUUCAAUGAAUUAACAACAAGGCAAUUGAAACUUCAAGGAAAUCCAAUAAGUGUGUUUUCUAAAAAGAUGUUUGAUGGAUUACAGUCAGUAGAACUGUUGCAUACUCCAGCAUUUAAGUUUUGUUGUAUCCGACCUUUGUAUCUUAGGGAAGAUUUAUGUCUUCCUUACCAAGACGAGUUCUCUUCUUGUGCAGACUUGAUGCGGCACCCGAUAUUACAAGUGCUUCUUUGGGUGAUCGGCAGCUUGGCGUUACUAGGCAACAUUGCGUCGUUUGUAUACAGAAUGCAUUUCGAUAGGUAUCGACUGAAGAUUGGUUAUGGUAUAUUUGUCACAAAUCUAGCAAUAUCUGACUUGUUAAUGGGAAUUUAUAUGCUGAUAAUUGCUUUGGCUGAUAAUAUAUUUCGAGGCAGAUACAUAGAAGCCGACACAUAUUGGCGUUCAAGCAAUUGGUGCAGACUUGCUGGUGUAUUGUCAACGCUUUCAUCCGAAGCAAGCGUCUUUUUUGUCGCCCUGAUUACCAUAGAUCGGAUUCUUGUUAUCAAAUUUCCGUUUGGAAACGUUCGUAUUACUUCUCAAAAGGCAGUCGUGAUAUCCGUUAUAAUAUGGGUAUUUGCAGCGUUUCUUUCAAUCUUGCCAUUAAUAUAUGUAGACUAUUUCAGUGACGGAUUCUAUAGUAAAUCAGCAGUUUGUCUUGCCUUGCCAUUAACUCGUGACAGGCCCCCUGGAUGGAUUUAUUCCUUCAGCGUUUUUGUCAUCUUCAAUUUCGCAAUGUUUGUCCUGAUAGCUCUUGGACAGCUACUCAUUUACACAGAAGUAAGAAAUCAAACAAAAAUAUCCAGGAGAAUGAAUGUCAGCCGAAAAAACGACUUAAUUGUAGCGAGGAACUUGCUGUUACUUGUUUCAACUGACUUUUUAUGCUGGUUUCCAAUCGGAGUUAUGGGGUUGGUUGCAUUGAACGGAAACACUGUGCCAGGUGACGUUUACGCAUGGACGGCUGUGUUGGUGCUGCCAGUAAACUCCGCAUUAAAUCCAUUUCUGUAUACACUUACAGCAAUCAUGAACAAGAAGUCGUUUAAUCCGAACAUAGACGAACAAAAACAUGAAAACUUUAAAAAAGAGUCUGCAAUUUCGUUUAUGCGAAUCCUUUCGCACUUUUCUCCUAGCCGAAAAUUUCGAUAUGAUAUUGACCUGUCAUACAUGCUAUGUAAAAGACCACUGCGGAUACAAGAAGUGCUACUGAUUGCCAGAGAUCUUGCAAAAGGUCUUUCGGUCCUGCAUAAUGAAGAUUUAGUCGUGCAUGAUAUGAAGUGUAAAACAGUGGGAAUAAAAAUUUCCUACGACAUGGUAAGAAAAGCAUACUUCAACCAACUCCCCAAAGUACUAAAACACAACAGAGAGAAAUCAGAGGACAUGUACCAGUUUGGACAUUUGAUGAAAGAGUGUAGCAAGAGCAUCAAAGUACUUGAAUAAAUCUAAUUGUUCAUAUUUUAAUGAACUUAAAAUGAAAAUGGUGGCGGACCAUCUCCUAACAGGGAUUGUAGAAAAUUAAUGUAGGAUUUGUUUUAACUGAACUUGUUUUUACUGAACUUGAAAACAACUUAUCAUGAAACGCUUUCUACUGGACUUUUAGAUAAUUUUGUGUCAGAAUAUAUUUAAUAUAUUUAAUUUGACUUAUGAAGACUUAUGAUGGAACGGUUUAAAAUUGGACUUGUCCAAAUCCGUUAGACAUCAUGAAAAAAUGGUCGAUUAAUCCGUAUUUUUUUGAAAACUUUUUUUCAAAUAUAGGGAUAUUUGUCUUGUCGUCCAUUACUUUAUUUAAGUCUGGUGCCUACAGGAACAUUGAUUCUUGUAUUGUUUAGGAUCGUAUACCGCUUACUAGUAUAUAUGAGUGUGGAUAACAAUAUUCCCUUGCAUUGUAUUUCAUAAAGAGACCGAACGAAGCCAACUCUAUAACUGCUUUGCUUUGUUUUUAUAACAAAGGGAAGUCUUCUUUCAAGUUUUUUGUAUUUAAAUAUCAAUCACUUCAAGAAAAAUUAAAAUUGUUGAAAGUUAUAGUUUUACCUUGUCUUUGUUUCAUUUUGAGAAACAAGUUAUCAGAGAUUGUUGAAUUGUAGAAAUAAAUGACAGAACAUUUUACUAAACAUUGGAAAUGUAAGGAUCAAUUAUUUCUUCACUGUUUUAACAUUUUUGUUGUUGUUGUUCUGUUGUUUUUUUACUUUAAUAUUUAGAUGAGGAUUUAUUACUUUAUCCUUGUAGUUUUGUGAUCUCGUAUUGUGCUUUUUGUUAUUUUCUUGUCAGGUGGAAUUAAUAUUAAGAAAAUGAUCAAUUGUUUUGUCAUGCAUUGCUUUAUUUAAAUCAAAAAUGAAAAAUAAAUUGUAAUUUGUUUGCAUAUAUUGUUAUCUUGAAAUAAUUUUGACAUUAUAUAUUUUGUAAUGUUGAAUUAUUAAGUAAAAUUGUAUAUGAUUUAACAUCUGGCCACUUUGAUUAUUAUAAAACAUUGAUAAACUCAAACCUGGAUGAAAACUUUAAAUGGACAUGACCUUCAUUUAGUCUAUUAAAAAGCAACAUUUAUUCAUUUAAGGAAAAUAACAAAGAUAUACUGACUGAAUAGCGAAUGGUGCAGAUCACGGUUUCUUUAUUUCACGAUUUUUGAACCAAUUGUAAUGUUCACUAUUCUGUAUGUGUGUGUUUUUUAAACUGAUUGGCAGUUAUUAUUAUGAAUCAUUGUUCAAUUUUUGUUUGUUGCUGUACCAGAAAUGCAUUAAAUUAUUGUGUGUUCAAUCUAUAUGUCUAUAUUAUGUUGUAUUGGUGUAUUGGAAAGUAAAGUUAUUGUGCUGAAAACAUGAAAUAAUUUAUUGGUGUUAUUGCAAUGAUAAUUGUUUAUAAUAAUAUUGAAAUUUUCACUCUAUUUAUCCCUCUAUGUUUGAAACAAUUGUUGAGUUUUUGAUGUGAUGUAAUAGCAUAUGAUGUAAUGUACCCGUUAUUUAUAAGUAGAAUCAUACAAAGGAUGCCCGGUUAACAAUAAUGUAAAUAUUGGCAUACAAGAUAAAUUUUCCGGUCUUAAUAUAAAACAUAAAUUAUUAUCGCUAAUUUAUACUUCUGCGUUUUAGUAACGUUAACUUUCAUGCGACAGUCAUGGCGUAUAUAAUGCCUAUGAAUUUAUCGAAUUUGAUUGGUUUAAAUCUUGAAUACGAUGCUUUAUAUAGCGUGAAGAUUCGAAGCGCACACAAUCUACAAAUUACAAUGUAUUUUUAAACGCGUGCGCAUAAAAUGUAUUAUUACGUUUUGUUUUUAUGGCAUGUUUUUCGAUUUAAAUAUCAUAACAUCAAAAGAAAGGUUAACAGUUACACCGCUAUAAUAACUUUAUACUUAAAUAACUUUUUAUUGCGCAGCGUUCGCGAAACAGUUGAAAACCUUCACCCCCCCUCCCCGUCAAUAAAUAAAAUAAAAAGUGAAACCCCAUAUGUACGAUUGUAUUUCUUUGCAAAAUGGCCGAAGUAAUGUUAUUGUGCAGGGGAAAAUGUAAUGAACAAUUUUUACUUCAUCUGUUUAUUCAUUAACACUGAAGUUAUGCAUUUUUAUAACACUUGUUGAGUUUUAAAUACGAAAUUUCAUAAUUAUGAAACCGUGUACUUGUAUUAAUUUACAAGAAUCAUAGAAAUGUGUACUGUCUUAAAGACAUAUAACUAGCCAUAGCACGUCUAUAAUAAAGGUAUUUUGAACAUUUAAAUGCUUUCAAUCUAUGUAGAUCAAAGGAUGUUAACGUGGCCUUUAAGAAAAGGUUUCUUAUGUCAACAAGUGUUAUCGUUUAAAUUAUAUUAUUAACAUAACCGCUGAAUAUCACAUCAUAUUCAAUGGCUCACGAGUCAAUAUGUCUGUAAUUCGUGGCCUUUCUAUUAUUUAUAUACACGGCUGUUGAAAAUUAAAGAUUUCUUUUUCUUUUUUAAUCAAUCAAAUCUAAAAUCAAAUAAAUCAAUUAUGCAGGCGUAUGAAUUUAUAAUAACGUCUUCUUACAGCCUAUACAGGUUCGUAUUAUAUAUAGAAGAUAUUUGAUUUUUUCAGUGUGUGAUCGAAAAUUUAUUUCACGAGUGACCCUCAGAAUUUAAAUAUUCACGAGUGUCGUAACCACGAGUUAAAAUAUUUAAAAUCUGAUGGUCACGAGUGAAAUAAAAGCGUAUAACAAUGCCAACAGUGCUUUGAUUUUGUAUUGAUUUUGUUUUGAAUUGUAGUGUUUUUUUCCUAAUUAUAAUCAGUAUAUUAUGUAUCUUUUUCUUAA